AUGGGUGUGUUCACAGCUCCAGUACAGAGGAAUGUGAGGAGUGGUUGCCUGUGUUGCCCAACACAAAGCAGCUCAGCGUUCAGUCUGACACCUAUAGCAACCAGCAGCUGUUUAACCAACAGUCCGUCCUCUCAACUCCACGAGACUCCAAACCUCAACUGUAAGCCGUCAGCUUACCUGCAGGCGGUGCAGCCGAGGCGACAGCUUAUCCUGCGUGCGUCAUCACGCACGGCUCCGGUGUGCUGCAGGUGUAGCCCCGGACCCACCCACAGGGCAAACUCCUGUCAGCCGGGGAGCAGCGGCGCGUCAGACGGCAGCGGAGCAGCGCGGAGGGCGCGUCACCAGUCUCCAGAGUUCCGGAGAAAAAGAGAGGACCUCCCUGCUUCUGUGGACAAACUACGGCAGCUGAUAGAAGAUAAAGUUCACAUUCUGCAGUCCAUCAUCCCUGAGAACCACCAGGGCUUGGUGUGUAAGGAGAACACCAGAAGAGAAGGACUGUGGAGGUUUGCCGUUUUGAGUGAGGAGCUGACCUUUGACCUCCAGCAGCUGCAGAGACAGACAGAGCAGGAGCUCGGUAACAUACACACACGACUCUUUCAAAUUGAAUGCCGUCGGGAGCAGCUGACCGUUGAGCUCGUUAAUCUUCAAGAGAGGAAGAAACAGAUCGAACAAGAGCUGAAGAGAAGCUCCAGCCUUCAAACGUCCACUUUGCAGUUGUGUGCUUGUCAGGAGCUUCAGGCCUCCAUCACCAAGCGUUUGGUCCAGUCAGAGGGGCUGGUGUUCCAGGAGGAGGCACUGUGCGCACUCCGUAACCUGCUGACCCAAGACCUGCAGAGGUACCAGGAGGAGACCCAGAGACUGACCCGCUUCACACAGAAAAUACUCCAGCAAUCCCACAGGUCAGAGAGAGAGGACACCUUCACUAACAGACUGAGUGACCACAGCAUGCAGGGGAAGAGCGAGACAGAGCAAGACAUCAACAUGCACGCGCCUGAGUCCUCUUCCUUCCAAUCACCAUGUAGUCCUCACCAGACCACCAACGAAAAAGAGGCAGAGCAGGCCUGGAGAGCCAGUCAUAAGAGACCGUCUGCAGGCCUGUCCAAUAGGACAAACCUGCAAAGAGCUGGAAGCAUCAAAGACCUGAUUAAUAAGUUUUCUGGUCCAGAUCAAAUCUCUCCCUCCAGUUCCCCUCAAAGUCCUGGUUUUGGAGUAGGGCAAGCCCUGAAGUCUGCCUCGGCAGAGGCUCUUGAGUCUCCUAAAUCCAAAUCUAGUCCGUCCACACCAGGCAGUGUUGUACCAGAUGAGAGUCCAGUUCCCAGCAUCACUAUUACUCCUCCACUCAGAGAAACCGGUCAGAACGAGGCUCGGUCAGCUCAGAGAGGCACCAAAACCAGUCAGAUUGCUGUGAGAAUUGAUUGUCCAGUAGGAGGCAGUGCUGGGAACGCUGAUUCACAACCAACGAGCAAAACGCGAACCACAGACUCUGGUAGAGACUCAUUGGCUGACUCUGGAAUGGGAUCGGGAGGAUAUCAAGUCAUUGCAAGUCAAAAGACUCAAGUCCAAGUGAAGUCACAAGUCAUUGGUGUCAAAGAGUCUGAAUUGGAUUCGAGCAAGCAGCCAGACAGCCCGUCAGAGGAGGAGCCCUCCACGCCCAGAAUCACGCCCACCAGCCAGAACCCAAAAUAUCAGCUGUUCCUCAACAACGAGCUGAGGACCAAUGGGUUGAGUGGCAAGGAUGCAGAUGGUCCAGGAGGCAGUGGGUCAGUCGGGGAAAACGGCGCCCGGCUGUCCCGAUGGGAGACCACCCGGCCGGGGCUAAACCACUACCGAGGGUCCCUGGAGUCCUUAGCCUCACGGGACGGGGACACUAUGUCUGACAGGUUUGGUGUUGUUGACAGCCCUCCCCGAGUCUUCAACAGUCCAUACACCACAGCCACUGCCAUGGAUUACAACACCAUGUAUCGAGUGUCAGAGUUCAAGGUUCAGGGUGGACUGUCCCCUGCCACCUCGGAGAUGAACCUGUACGGCUUCAACAGUCGCAGCACCAGUCCAGUGGGCAUACCCACACCCACCCUUACAUCCCCCCGCCUCCGACUCUCCACCUACGAAACUCUGGUGAAGAGGAGGGCCGAGUUCAACAACCCUGUGAUACCCACCCACUACAGCAUGCGCUCCACCACUCUAGGGGCGCCCAAUAAAAAAGACUACAUAGAAGAACUGACCAAACAGCUGGAUUCCUGUCAGAGGCGUAACCAGUUCCUGGAGGCAGAGAGUGUGGAAAUGGAGAAGGAGAGGAACCAGAUCAGGUUUGAGAUGCGCGGUCUUCUGGUGAACAACGAGGACCUGCUAAGGACCAACACUCAGUUGACCAACGAGCUGAAGAGGAUGAGAGAGCAGAUGAUAGAGAUGGAGAAAGAGAACCAGUGCAUUGGAGAGAGAUACAGAGAUAUGGAGAUUGAGGUGAAGGAGGCCCGGGACAUGAUGUUGGAGGCCAACACUCAGGAGUACGCCUUCAACUUCCUCCAGCAGUCCCUCAAAAACAAGAUCCAGGACGCUGAGGAGAACCUGGAGAAGCAGACGCAGCACGCUAAGACUCUGUCUGAGAAGUUGUGGCUAGCAGAGAGACAACUGGAGGAGCUGGAGGUCGACAAAGACACCAAACACAAGAGGACGUCUGAACUCAAUAGCACCAUCCAAAGACUGGAGACAGAGCUGGGCGAGGCCCUGCAGGCGUCCACGCAGGCUGCAGCAGAGCUGCACCUGCAGCAGAAGCUGCGCGAGGACGCCCAGCUGAGGGUGGAGGAGUUGGAGGAGUCCCUGCUGGAGAAGGAGCAGGAGCUGCAGAGACUGCAGUCCCUCGUCGCCAGACUGCAGGGAGAGGUUUCUGGUAAGCUGAUUGAUAAGGAGCGGACACUCGAGGAGGAGAUCCAGCUGAGAGAGAGGAUACAGCUGCAGUGUAAGCAGGCGGAGCGGACGUUGGACGACCUCCACAUGGAGCUGCAGAGCACAAACCAGGCCAGAGAUGACGUGGCCAAACAGCUCAAACAGGCUCAGGAGAAGCUGAUCGACCUGGAGAGCGAUCUGGAGGAGCUGCACGACAGCGAGCAGAGAUGGGCCGCCAAGCACAAGAGGGCUAUCGAGCAGACGGAGCAGCUGCAGCUGAAGCUGAUUCAGGAGAAAGAUCUGAACGACCAGCUGGAAACUGAGAAGGCUGUCAUGGAGAGACAGUUGCGUGGGCUGCGUCUGGAGGUGGAGGAGCUUCAGAGCUCCAGAGUUCAGGAGGACAUCAUCUCCCGGGCAGAGUGCAGAGUCAAAGAGCUGGAGAACUCUGUGAGGACCGAGGAGAGGAACAAGGCUGUUCUGACAAACACCAUCAGUAAACUGGAGAGGAGGAUCAACGAGCUGACUGAUCAGAUGGACGAAGAGCAGAGGAUAGCUACCGAACAGAAAGACCUGAUGACCCAGAGGAUCCGCUCCCUGAAGCGUCAGCUGAACGAGGUGGAGGAAGACGCGAGCAGAAAGGACGCGCAGUACCGCCAUACCCAGAGAGAGCUGGCGGAGGAGAGGGAGACGGCCAGCCGGCUACAGAGGCAGCUGCUUGACCAACACCUGCAGACAAAGCGUAAGGAUACUCUGACGAUUCGCCAGACUCUGGAUAACCUGAGGCUGGACCUGAGCAUCGAUGACGAAGACGACGAUCAGCUGCCACGGCAACAAAUGAACAACGUCACCAAAGUCUAAACCCUCGCACGAGUGUUUAUAUCAACAUCUGCUUCUUUACACUGAAAGUGAGGUUAGGGUGUGUUUUUUAAACCUGCCACCACCAGUUUCCCAAAAAAACCCUCAAAAAACUAAGACUCUAAUUGCAGACUGAGCAGAAUGAGCUCAAGUCCUCAACUUUUCUGCAAAAACUCCUACAUGUGACCACACCCAAAAUUCCACCAGGGUUUUUUCCAUCAUGUUUCUUAGCCGAAAGCUGAAAUGUUAAUUAUCUUAUUUUAUUCUUCCUGUAAUUUCCUAAUAAUUUCCGAGGAAAUUCCCUACAAACUCAUGUCAUUUGGUACUAAUUAUAGUUGAAAUAGAGACAGCAUCUUGAGACUAUAGCUGUAUUAAUAAGUUGUGUCGAGUUGGCUGAUUUCCAGAGGAAUUUCCUUGAAAGAUCAGCUCUAUUUAAACACAAAUAUGCUGUAUAUAAAUUCAUUACGCAUUUUUUUACUGAUAACUUUAUUCUCCAUAUAUGCUGAAUUGUGUGACUAAAGCACUGGCUAAAAACUCUCAAGGUUUUUAGCCAACGUCAACGAAGCCUUCAAUUCUGAAGGGACACUUUUAACUGUGACAGACUCCAGUUUGAUAACGUUCAGAAUGCGACUUCGUUUUGACUCAGUUUUUGAACAUUCAGAGAAGAAAGUGCGACUCAAAAAAUCACUGCUUUCUUCCAAAGUCCAAACAAACUUCUCUGACUCCGCAGCGUUUGUUUUUAUUUGAUGGAGCUUUUAUAAGAAAGGUUUUUCCACAUUAGAAAGCGUUUAGUUUAACGCCACAUUCUUCUGCAGUAUUUGAACAUAACCCACACUGGUUGCUGACCUAUUACGGGAUAAUGAUGCACAACAUGGAAUUACUGUAGAGGGGUACUUUGUGAUUGUAGCUUUUUUUGAUUCACACACAGAAACAAUUAAGAGAUUAUUUAUACUGAAUACUUUUCUGUUUUUAUGUUGUUUUUAUGAUUUGAAAAUUAUUGAAUUUUCUGUAUUUGCAGUUGCUUGCCGGGCAAAAAAUCAUUUUAGUAAAUGAAGUGAUGUACGAUUUUAGAGUGCAGUUUCAGGUAUUUAAGGGGGUUCGCUGCUGUAUUAAUGUAACUUACUCUGCCUCCCACAUAUAGUAUCUGUUCACAAGAUAAGAUUUAAGGGAUAAGAUUUUUAGUGUCGACAAAGAAAACCAAAAAAAGAAAAGAAAAUCUCAUGACACACUUGCCAUUAAUGUGCCUAUUGAGUUGAAUGUAUUUUAUCCAAAUUCAGUCAAACCAGACAAAAAUCCAGGCUGAGGGCACGUUAAAGACAUUUAUGAUGGACGGCAAUAGGUUUACUGAAAGUGCAUUUUUUAAAUGUUUAAAAGUGCCCUGACUGAGAUAUUUUAUGUCUCACGAGUAAAUAAAUGUCUAAAUACUGUUUGGAUACAAGAUGCGUGUCAAUUCAAAGUGUGGAUGAGGGAAAAAACUAAACAAACAUUUUAUAAUGUUAGAAACAUCCUUUAUAUGCUAUGUGGUUUUCUGUACCAUCUGGUUAUUGUUCUCUGUGCUCUAACUUUUUUCGCAAGUAAAAUAAGCACAGAGACAGAAACAAACAGGACUGGGUCAUUACAUUCAAAUCAUCAGUAGAAAAUGAGGCUCAUUCACUGGUUUAAUUCUCUGAUCUGGAUUAUGGCCAGUCCUGUCUUCUGCAUGUUCUUUGUUUGAUUCUUUUUUAUCUAUUAGAAACACAUACAACUAAUAUUCAGAUACUCUUUGGAUUCUUAUGAGUACACUUUUUUUUGUAUUUUGCUUUUUUGGAAAGAGGAGCAUAAAUUACAAGUUUUCUCUAUGAAAGAGUUUCAUAUUCAGUUGUUGGGAUUAUAAUUACUACAAAGUGUCACUGGUGUUUUUUUUUUAAACUUUUCUCAUAAAAGAAAGUGGUGGUUUCUACAGAUAUGUAAAAAGAAAUGAAAUACACUGACUUAUUUUUGUAACUACACUUCACAUUAUACUGCUUCUACUGUUCUCGGGUAUUUAUUUUAUUUUAUUUUUUUUCAUAUUGUCUCUUGGUGAGAAGUUUCUUAGUACAAAAUGCAAAUAAAUUCUUCAC